UUCACGUCUUGACUCCCGUGAGAAGAAGCACCGUGGAAAGGAGGCUGGAUGGUGACUUCGCGAGGAAAACGUGGAUGGUCAAACAAAAACCGUCAGUCGAGGAAGUAAAUGGGAGUUUAUGGUCUUUUAUCAUUUUUGUUUCAUACACUUAUCCAGCCUCAAGGAGCUUGAAUCUUCAGGCCGACGUCUCAACAAUCAUUACCGAUUGAAAGGAGCUUUCUGUGGAGUUUGGCGAGACCAGCAUCCGCUACCAUCAUAUUCCAACUACGGAUAUACUCAGUGGCACGACCACGGAUUUAAACAUCUGACUAUAUCUACAUUUCAUUGUUCAGGGAGGCAUAUGGAUUCAGAUAUACUCAUUGAAAUCGAUUGUAGGCUCUCCCAGGCGCAGACGUUCCAUGAGAAGCCAUAGGAAUAAGGCGUUCAAUGUGUCGAAUGAUAGAAUAAGCUAGAUACAUUGUAUUUUGUGGUAAGAAACAUUGUGUGUUUUCGACAUUGAGAACAUUAGAUGUGUGGAUGGUACAAUUUUGCACCAACGCCUCAAACAUUAUUGUCGUGUCAUUCAGUAGCUGCGGACAGCAAUACUGGAGACCAGAUAACUAGCUCUUAUUCAUUUGACUGGUUCAUUAAAGACACACGGCUAAUUAUCAGGAGUGGAACAUUUGUUUUGGUUCUGGACUUUGGGAACGUAGCUGUUUUCUCUACAAAGGCAAAAUGUCCUUUUUUAAUUUUCGGAAAAUCUUUAAACUGGGAACCGAAAAGAAAAAGAAACAAUACGAACACGUUCACAGAGACUUGAAUCCGGAGGAGGAGUGGGAUAUUAUAGGAGAGCUGGGCGAUGGAGCCUUUGGCAAAGUGUACAAGGCCCAGAACAGGCAGACGAAUGUGUUGGCUGCUGCUAAAGUGAUCGACACCCAGACAGAGGAAGAGCUGGAGGACUACAUGGUGGAGAUCGAGAUCCUGGCAUCAUGUGAUCACCCCAAUAUCGUCAAACUCCUAGAUGCCUACUACUACAUGAACAAGCUAUGGAUCCUGAUAGAGUUCUGUGGGGGAGGAGCGGUGGAUGCUGUGAUGCUGGAGCUGGAGCGGCCAUUGACAGAGCCCCAGAUCCGCGUGGUGUGUAAGCAGACUCUUGAGGCACUCCAGUAUCUCCAUGACAACAAGGUCAUCCAUCGUGACCUGAAGGCUGGCAACAUCCUCCUCACCAUUGGUGGCGAGAUCAAGCUGGCUGACUUUGGUGUGUCUGCUAAGAAUACAAAGACUCUUCAGCGGAGAGAUUCCUUCAUCGGGACGCCAUACUGGAUGGCCCCUGAGGUGGUGAUGUGUGAGACCUCUAAGGACCGGCCGUACGACUCGAAGGCAGACAUCUGGUCCCUGGGUGUCACCCUGAUCGAGAUGGCCGAGAUCGAGCCCCCCAACCACGAGCUCAACCCCAUGAGGGUGCUCCUGAAGAUUGCCAAGUCCGAACCCCCCUCACUUAUGAAACCGUCAAGAUGGUCAUCCCAGUUUAAAGACUUCCUGCGUAAGUGCCUGGACAAGAACAUGGACAACAGGUGGACUACAACUCAGCUGCUGCAGCAUCCAUUUGUUGCGAGUGUGGUGGAUAAUAAGCCCGUGAGAGAGCUGAUUGCAGAGGCCAAAGCUGAAGUCACUGAGGAAAUUGAAGAGGGCAAAGAGGAGGAGGAGGAGGAGGACACUGACACACUGCUGGUGGUGCCCAGCCACAAGCGUGCCCUGUCGGAUGCCAGCGCCGGCAGCUCAGAAGACGAGAGGGGCAUCCCCAGCCCUGCCCCCUUGGAUGCCGUCUCUGAGAUGGCAGAGCCCGAGCCACAACCCGCUCAGGUCAAAGGUCAUGAGGAGGAAAAGAAGAAGGAGGUGGUCAUGGUGACACCUGCUGGAACUGAGGAGGAAGUGCAGGUCAGGGCAGAAGAUGAGGACAAAGACCAACCAGAAGCAGUCCAGGAAGUACAGGACACUGUACCGGUCAUCGGUGAGACUGAAGAGAAAGACAAGAAGACAGAGGAGAUCAAUGAGGGAAAGAGUGAAGAAAAGGAAGAGGAAGAGGAGAAGAAGAUGGUGGAGGAAGAGGAGAAGAAGAUAGUGGAGGAAGAACAGAAGAAGGUAGAGGAGAUAGAAAACAAGGUGGAAGAAGGAAAGGAGGCUGAUGCGAGUGAAGAGGUGAAGGCUGAGGUGAAGGAGGUAGAGAAAGAAGAGAAGGAGGAAGAAGAAGCGGUGAUAAAGGAAGAGAAUCAAGUGAAUGGGGAGGAAGAACAGAAAGAAAUUGAGAUGGAGAACAAAGAGGAGAAAGAGGAAACGGUGAUUGAGAAACUUCCUCCGCUUCCCGAUGCCUCGGAACGGGCAGACGCCGAGACGGGAGAGGAGAUCAACCAUAAGCCCGAGGAACCGAUAGACAAGCCGGCAGAGCCACUGGAAGAACCUGAAGAACAGAAGCCUGAAGCGGAAACUGUAGCCGAGCCAGCGGAACGGUCUGACAGCAUCUCUGAAGAGUCCAAAGAACUGCCCACAGAACCGAGUACUGGAGGGGCCGAGGAACCGGACAGCACAACAGAAACCGAGAAAGACAAAGAACAAGAAGAGGAAGGGAAGGAUGCUAGAGAGGAACCAGCCGAAGGAGCAGAACUCCCCUCAGAUGGAGCUGCAGCAGUAGUGGAGUCCACAGAGAACCCCUCCGACCCCAUCUCUAAGGUGGAGGAGGUGCAGGGAGCAGAGGAAGAAGUGGUGGAGGCAGUGAAAGGAGAGGAGGAAGAGGAGAAGGAAGAGAAGGAGGCGAAAGAGGUAGAGAAUGGUGAGGCUGCCGACCCGGGAAAGAUUACAGACGAGGAGAAGAAGGAUUCACUGACAGAGCAGUCAGUAACAUCUACAGAUGUUCCCCCGGUGAUUGUUGUCGAGAGCGAUGAGAGGAUUCAGACCCCGGAGACCAAAGUCGAGGAGGAGAAGGAGAAAGAGAAGGAUUCUGAUUCAGGGAACAGCUCAGCUGCUGACACCAACAGCAUCGACAUCAACCUGUCCAUCUCCAACUUCCUGUCCAAAAACAAGGACGGCUCUGUCUCCAUACAGGACACCAGACGUCAGAAAAAGACCCUGAAGAAGACGCGCAAGUUCAUGGUGGACGGUGUGGAGGUCAGCGUGACCACUUCCAAGAUCAUCACCGACAACGACACCAAGAGCGAAGAGCUGCGCUUCCUCAGGCGACAGGAGUUGCGUGAGUUGAGACUUCUUCAGAAGGAGGAGCAGAGAGCCAUGCAGCAGCUCAACAGCAAACUCCAGACGCAGAGGGAGCAACUCUUCAGGCGCUUUGAACAGGAGACCACUGGUAAGAAGCGUCAGUAUGAGCAGGAGCUGGAGACCCUGGAGAAGCAGCAGAAGCAGUCCAUCGAGCGUCUGGAGCAGGAGCACACGAGCCGCCUGAGGGACGAGGCCAAGCGCAUCAAAUCAGAGCAGGACAAGGAGCUCGCCAAGUUCCAGAACAUGAUGAAGAACCGCAAGAAAGAGGUGAAACAGGAAGUAGGCCAGUCCCCCAAACAUAUGAGAAAAGAGCUGCGCAAGCGCUUAAAGGAAGACCUAGCAAUCGCACAGCAUGAAGAGGAACAAGAAUUUCUGCAGCGACAGCAGCAAGAGUUGGAUGCAGCCCUGAAGAGGAUCAUCCAGCAGCACAAACACGAGCUGGCCACCAUCGAGAGAGACUGCCUCAACCACAAACAGCAGCUCAUGAGAGCCCGUGAAGCAGCAAUGUGGGAGCUGGAGGAGCGCCACCUUCAGGAGAAGCACCAGCUGCUCAAGCAGCAGUUGAAGGACCAGUACUUCAUGCAGAGACACCAGCUGCUCAAGAGGCAUGACAAGGAGAUGGAGCAGAUGGCUGGCUAUAACCAGCGUUUAAUGGAGGAGAUGAAGAACAAGCACACGCAGGAGAAGGGGCGCCUGCCCAAGAUCCAGCGCAGCGAGGCCAAGACCCGCAUGGCCAUGUUCAAGAAGAGCCUGCGCAUCACGGGCACCGGCACGCCCGAACAGGACCGCGACAAGAUCAAACAGUUUGCGGUCCAAGAGGAGAAGAGGCAGAAGAAUGAGCGGCUUCAUCAGCAGCAGAAACACGAGAACCAGAUGAGGGAUCUCCAGCUCCAAUGUGAUUCCAACAACAGAGAGCUUCAGCAGCUGCAGAAUGAGAAGUGCCACCUGCUGGUGGAGCACGAGACUCAGAAGCUGAAGGAGCUGGACGACGAGCACGGCAACGAGCUCAAAGAGUGGAGAGAGAAGCUGAGACCACGCAAGAAGGCCCUGGAGGAGGAGUUCAGCAGGAGGCAGCAGGAGCAGGACGUGUUCUUCAGCACCAGCGGCGACUCCGAGUGCCUGAACCCCAGCGCCCAGAGCAGGGUGUCCAAGUUCUACCCGGUCCCCGGGGCCCACUCCUCUGGGUCCUAACCAACAAACACACACACACACACACACACACACACACACACACCCACACCCACACCCACACCCACACCCACACACACACACACACACACACACACACCCACACACACCCACACACAUACGCACACAUAGGGUGCCUCUCAUUUGGGCUUUUAUACGUCCUCCCUCGCUCCUCGGGCCUCGAUCCUCACUGAUCUACAUAAAGAAUGAUGGGGCGAAAACAAUGGGAUAGUCUAUCCAGUGUUAGUUAUAGAUCAGUGGGAACGCCCCUCGAGGAUCGAGGAGGCAUGUUGAGAAGCACCUAUAUACAUACGCACACACAGUGAGGGUUCCAUGGGUUUCUGCAUCAUUGACAAUCCUGGGAGCUUUGUCACAGAUCACACCCAUUCCGCUCUGAGGCUGCAGAAGCUCAAUCAGUGCCACCGCCCUCACGUCCACAAAUGAAGACGCUCCUGAACACGCUCCGCUGAAGCUUUGGAGCUUUCCUAAGCCAUUCAUUAUUGAGUGAGUGACUGACUGUGUGAGCCCUGCUAACAUGCUAACAUGCUCCCUGCCCCUUGCUUACUGAUGGGCUCUCCACAUCAGGGGCACGUUGAGGGUUACAGAUGAGACCCAAAUAGACUGAAACCCAACAAGACUCUUCCAGCCCAGAGCCGACCAGACACAAACCAGCCUGACCCGACCUGAUUGGAGAAAAGCAGGCGGGCAGGCCCAACCUAAACAGACCUUGCCAGAGCUGGUCAGGCAAGACAAGACGAGACAAGACGAGAGCAGGUGGACUACAUUAGAAUGCAUCCAAUCUUCCGCAAACGGCUCAGGCAAUGCAGUGGAGCAUUUACUCUAGAGACGCUUUUCAGUUCAAGUUCAGCCCCUAUUCCUCAGUUCCUAGAGGGAAGCCAGUGCCUCAAAUGUGUGUGUUGUCCAUGUUGGUGUGUGUUUGUCUUCAUGUGUGUUUGUGAUGUGAUGUAUGUAUGUUUGUAUGUAUGUAUGUAUGUAUGUAUGUAUGUAUGCAUGUUGUACUUGUGUUUCAAUGUUUGUUUGUGUGUCCGUACGUGUGGGUUAGUGUAUGUGUGUUAGUCACAGAUGGACCUAUUCCUGUCUUUGCCCUCCCUUAUGCUGCUCAGUGCGUCUGCUCUGAGGUGGCUGAAAACGUCUAGAAACUUCUAGAAUGUGUAGUACGCUACAGAACGUAACUAACCGCUCUGUGCUCGAAUGAAUCACAAGACUCUGAAGGACAAACUUAUUCAUUGUUACCCAAAGGAACUGGACUGCGCGAAACACAUGAAGUGCUCGUCGGUGCUUUCAAUGUGAUGGUGUGUGACUCAAAUGAAGUUGUUUAUGUAAUAGUCGAUGCAUGUUCCCUUUCGAGUGGGUGUGACCGUGACUAAUCGCACCGUUGCUAUGAUGACGAGCAGCUAUUCCCCGUGCGGUGGCCAUGUCAAGUGUGUUUCCAUGGAUACAGAAUGGGAGUAUUGCUGUUGUAUAUCCUACUGGUAUAUAUCCUAAUGGUAUGUGAUUUUCUUUUUUUUUUCUUUUUUUUUUCUAAAGAACCUUAAAUCUCUAAGGUUGGAUCAAAACAAAAUGAAGCACUUUGGAACUUGAGUGUUCUUCAGUAACUUUCCAAUUAUAGUCCUGGAGAGGUUUGGAGAUGUUUAAUGAAUUUCAGUGGAAUGUAUUAUUGCACUGUUUCAACCCAACUGAGAAUAUGCAGUAUGAAGGUCUUGUGCAUUUAAAAGGCAUGUAUGCCUAGAUAGAUUGCUAGCUUAUCUUGGCCACUUUCUCUUGAAAUGAUUUUUAGCACAUAUCUGCUUAAUGCACACAAGCUUUUGAUGAAGGACACGGGAGAGUAUGUGGUGAUAUUGGAUGUGUCAUUUUAAUGUAAAACCUUCCUUUUUAUUUUUUCAAAUCUGAUCGUAUUUUAUUACUGCUGUUACUUGUCUGACUUGUCCCCCCAUUGAAUGUCUGACAAUGAAUGAUGUCAUGCUGAUUUGCUGGUCAUGGGCACUUGUGAUGGCUUAAAGGAAGAAACUGUUUGAAUAUUACAUGGUCAUUGUCUUACUGUAUGCUGUUUUUUGAUGAUAACAAUUUCUUUUGAUGUCGGUCCAAAUGGUUACCAUGGCAAACAGCCCCUGGUGGAGUGCUUUAAUACGGUCACCUUUUCAUGUCCUUUCUGAUGUGCUGCUCAAUGAAGAAUUAGCUGUAACUAAUGCUGUCUAGACAAUAAGGUUUUCCCAGUUUGUACUGAAUAUGCGCUUGUUUUCAUAGUUCCUCGAUCUGUCUGACAAUAGUAAAAAAAAAUGGGCUUUUCUGCACUGAGCUCCAGCGGUGCUGAGGGAGCGGUUUGAGACCAGACCGUUGUUGUCAUCGGAGAAUCAUUUGGCCAACUGGCGCUGAGAUAAAGCUCAGAACAACUCGGAAGGCCAACAGGGAACAAAACCCACAUGAAUAUGGUGGGUAAGCUGGAUCUGUGCUUUCUGUCUCAGAUCUGUAUAUUAGCAGAGUCUGAGGCUUUAUGCGUAUUUAGUCUCUUUUCUUGAUGCCGCUCAUGGGACACACAGUCCCUGUCCUAAAGGCAGCGCGUCACCAGUCCCCCAUUGAGCUCUGCAUGCAGAAGAUGGUUGUGUCUGCCACAGGACGAGCUCUGCAUGACCAGGGCUCGCGCUCACACAAACUCUCUCACUCUGUAGGUGAUGGGUGAAAUGCUGUGUGUGUGUGUGUGUGUGUGUGUGUGUGUGUGUGUGUGUGUGUGUGUGUGUGUGUGUGUGUGUGCAUAUGAGUGUGCAAAACACAUUAUCUCAGGUAUACUGUUUCUAAAAGCAAUAGUAGCAGUCAGUUUGUUAUUAGAUGAGGUAGAGGAUGAUCUAUCAUUAUCUUGGUCAAUUGAUCUUACUGCAUUAAUGCCACUAGGAAACAGCCGCAUGGGAAGUGUGUGUAUGAGUGUGUACUGUAUGUAACUAUGUAUUUGCAAAUGAAGGUGGUUUAAGGCAGGUGAUUCAAGGUUUGUAGAGUGGACUGCAUUACACUCACAUUACAAUGAUUGUGUCGAGAAACGCUGAAGUCUGUUAGCAGAUGGUGUUUUGGAGCAGACCGUGGCCCAGAGCCAAUGCACAUCCAGGCUGGAUUGAUUUGUCAUCUGUUAUUUGGAGCCAUUGCAGAGAUAUCCCAAGUGAUGGAUUGCUACUGGGACACAUGACAGCUGUUUGUGUGGCGAAACACUCCGUAUGCAUAUCUAAGAGUAUCCCAGGCUUGCGUACCCAUAUGAUGCUGUACAACUGUCCUGGGGUCAGGCACAAACGCACACAUGAUCUGUCCAUGUAUGGGGGUAUAUGUCCUAGCUGUAUUUUGGAAAGGUCAUGACUAGAAAUGUGACCAGCAUUGUUAACGCUUGGAUAUUUGGAUGGAAUGUCUGUUAUGCAUAUUUCAGUUACAGUUUUAGGGUUGCAAGAGGUCUCUCUGGAGAUCCCUCAUAAUGCUGUAAAUAAAAUGGUUAUUUUA